AUGUCUGUGUUAGAAGAGCACCAUUUCCCAGCCACCAGCAGAGCAACAGACCCUUACCUUUUUGGAGCCCUGGAGGAGAGGAGGUACUGUGGACUGGAGUCCUGGAGGAGACGACUGUGUGGAGCUAAAGAUCAGAGCUGCUACUCCCUCGAGACAAGGAUUCGCCAUGAGUCCAAAACACUGGAUACGGAGACCGAGGCCGGGACUCUGCGCACCCAAGCUGAGGGGACGCGGCACCUGGGAGAGAGACUGCAGCAUAUCCACUUCUGGAAGUCGGAGCUGCAGCGGCACAUCAAGAAGCUGGUGGCCGAGACAGACCUCCUGCAGCAGAAGAGGAGGCUGUUGAAGGCGCUGGACGCCACCGAGAUCCCGUUCGCCAUCGCCACGGAUAACCUAACCUGUCGGGACGGCGACCGCGAGGUGGACUUGAUCAGGAGCAUCCAGGCUCUGUUGAAGAGAACGCUGAGUCAGGCUGUCAAUCAAAUCAAGUGA